UCCUCCAAGUAGCCGCAGCUCCAUCGUCAGCAUCCGCGGAGGACAGCGGGUGUUUGGAGGACACCGAGCCGCGGAGGGAGGGGUCCUGGCCCGGGCACCGAUCCCCCACAAGGCCCCAGGGCCGCUGCUGCUGCUGCUGCUCAUGUAUGGAUGGAGUCGGGCGGCAUUCACACAGCAAUGGCUAUGGGUCUGACAUCCAAAAAGGCGUCUGCUCGGAGCGUCUGCGUGGAGCGGAAAAACCUCAUCACGGUGUGCAGAUUCUCUGUAAAGACUCUUCUGGAGAAGUACACAGCAGAGCCCAUAGAUGACUCAUCUGAGGAGUUCAUUAACUUUGCUGCUAUUUUAGAGCACAUCCUGAGCCACCGCUUCAAAGGUAACACAGCAGGCUCAGGAAGCUGGUUCAGCUCAGAUGGACAGCGCAGCUUCUGGGAGUACAUUCGGCUGGCGUGCAGUAAAGUGCAAAACAACUGUAUCGCCAGUAUCGAAAAUAUUGAGAAUAUCAGCACGUCACGAGCAAAGGGCCGAGCAUGGAUCAGAGUGGCGCUGAUGGAAAAGCGUCUGUCUGAAUAUGUAUCUACUGCUCUGAAGGACACCAGAACUACCAGGAGGUUUUAUGACGAUGGAGCCAUAAUGCUGAGAGAGGAGUCCACCGUCCUGACAGGCAUGCUCAUCGGACUAAGUGCUAUCGACUUCAGUUUCUGUCUUAAAGGGGAGGCUCUGGACGGAAAAUCCCCAGCCGUGAUCGAUUACACUCCCUACCUGAAGUUCACUCAGAGUUAUGAGUACCUGAGCGAUGAGGAGGACCGGCGCAGUGUGGACAGCAGUAACAGUGAGGAGAGCGUCCCCGAGCACCCGUACAUCCCCCUGGUCACAGAUGAGGAGAGCUGGAGCAACAAGUGCCGCAAGAUGGAGCAAAGGUUUAAGAUCGUCUACGCCCAGAAGGGUUACCUGGAGGAGCUGGUGAGACUCAGAGAAUCUCAGUUAAAAAACGCAGAGGCUGAGAACAAGCGUCUGAGAGCAAAGGUGGAUGAGCUGACGCUGCAAAGCCAAACAGAGAAGAAGGAGCUCGAGGCCAUCAUCCUGGAGCUACAGGCACAGUUAUCCUCCUUGAUGCCCUGUGAUUCUGCUCAGCUCAGUAAAGAUUUGACUAUUCCUCUGGUCAACCAGUGGUCCACGGUCGCAAACAACCAGGGUGAUGUCAAGCUUUUCCGCAGGAGGAGUUUCCACAGUUUGGACCAGCUUUCAGCCGAUAUGAGUUUAGAUUCUCAGAAAACUGAAGGCAGACAAAACGGAGACACAGGAUGGACCUCAGCAGGAAAAGAUGACACCCCCUCCAUGUUAGGCCUAUGCGGCUCGCUGGCCUCUUUACCCAGCUCCAAGUCCCUGGCUAGCCUCAAGUCCAGUGAAUGUCUGGUUAAUAUCAGCACUGAGCCUAGUCCUGCCCUGUCUCCCAGCUAGGGGGCGCUCAAAAUAAGGUCUAUCUACCCCUGUCCUGUUUGCCUGGUGAUGCUGCGUCGACCAACCACCUGACCAAAACCCUGCCUUCACCCCAUCUCCAUGACAACGGGAGAGUUACGGCACCGCCUCUUUUUUACUCAAGACAGAAGUCAGUAUUGGGUUACAAAUAUAUUUGACUUUUUAUUAUUUACAGAUAUAUCUACAAUGAUUUCUUCCAGUCAGCAUUUGUUUUAGAUCAUGCUCACACAAAUGCUCUCCCAUUUUCCAAAGCAUCUUUUGAUUAUAAGCUUUGAUUUCAAAAUGUCUAAGUGAUAACCAUUGUUACUUGACCAACAAUUAAGCUUAAUUUGUAUUAUUUGUCUGUUGUAACCAAAAACUCUAAAGUUGCACUAUGUAAUUUUUCUGCUUGUCUCCCUAAAGAUGUUAUUGAUUUGUCUGGGAUGUUCCACAGUAUGGCAUUAAAUCUGUCCGUCUUACAUUCAUUCAAUUACAAGUGUUUUAAUUGCUUGGAAAUACCUUAAAACAUGCAUUCUUACUAUGAGCUGGCUUACUUCUCCACAGAUCUGACUUGCUAUUGUCAUGUGCUACUCUGCAUAGAUGUAGAUAGGCUUAAUGCCGUACUGUGGAACAUUCCAAAUGAAGCAAUAACAUCUGCAGAGGCUAACAGGUGGAAAAUGUGAACCCCCUCCAGAAAAAUUACAGUAGAGCUUUAAAAUACUGCUUAUUUUAUUUAUUUACACAUGUAAUCUCGGAGUCUUGGUUGGUUUUGUGUUGCAAUAAACUGCCUUUUCCAUUUAA